AUGAUGAUGAUAUCGUCCAUGGCGUCGCCAUCUUCAGCUACUGUGAGGGUCGAGAAAGCGACGAGCGAGUUCUUGAUCGGGCCCGAUUGGACUCUGAAUAUGGAUAUUUGCGACACCGUUAACUCCAAUCAGAUGCUGGCAAAAGAUGUCGUGAAAGCUGUGAAGAAAAGGUUGCAGCACAAGAACCCUAAAGUUCAAUUGCUUGCUUUAACGCUUCUCGAGACGAUGGUCAAGAAUUGUGGCGAUUAUGUGCAUUUCCAAAUAGCCGAAAGAAAUAUACUGCCAGAGAUGGUGAAAAUUGUUCGCAAAAAGACAGAUAUGCAUGUGAGGGAUAAAAUUUUAACUCUGAUUGGCUCUUGGCACGAUGCAUUUGGUGCUGGAGGGAGAUAUCCACAGUAUUAUAUGGCUUAUGAGGACCUCAGGCGCACGGGUGUGAAUUUUCCUCAACGUCCACCGGAUUCAGCUCCAAUAUUGACUCCACCCGUUACACAUCCGAUAUCGAGACAGCCUCAGCCGGGUUACGGUAUGCCGAGUAGCUCCUCGACAAGGCUCGAUGAAGUUAUGGCAGCAGAUCAAAGUAUAAGUUUAGCGACCUUAAACUCCAUGCAGGAUGUUCUUGGUCUAUUGACUGAGAUGUUGCAAGCUGUUGAUCCAAAUGAUCGCUCGGCUAUAAAAGAUGAAGUGAUAAUCGAUCUUGUCGAGCAAUGCCGUACCAAUCAAAGGAAGUUGGUGCAGUUGCUGGCCACCACUGGGGAUGAAGAACUUCUUGGUCAGGGUCUUGAACUUAACGAUAAACUACAAAUUGUGCUUGCAAAACACGAUAGUAUAGCUUUGGGUAACCCAGUACCACCCAAUGUAACAAAUACCCCUCCAACAGAACCUGAAAAAAAACCCGAGUCGAGUCCCAAAUCUCCUCAAGCCAGCGCGCCUAUUAACGCAACAUCUAACGAUCCUCCUGCGCCACCUGGCGGUAAGGGUUUGAAUUUGAUCGAUGAAGAGGAUGAAGAGGAAGACGAUUUUGCCCUGCUUGCUCGCAGACACUUGAAAACGCGUGUUGUCCCGGCUUCAGAAGCUCCAUCGAGUCCUUCGAUGAGCAAUGCACUUGUCCCGAUUAGUGGUCCAACUACAGGCCCGGCCCAAACCCGAGAUAAAGACAUCAUAGACCUACUCAGCAUAACCUUAUCAACUGACCAGAACUUUCAGGCCCCCAGCUCGAGAAAUCACAACGCUCGACCCGAAAAUGUCCCUUCAACUGGACCUUACCCUGGAAAUCCUGGUUUAGCCUACAACAACUAUGUAGCUCCUUGGGCUCAACCCCAGCCCAGUCCCAGUCCCAGUCCCAGUCCCAGUCCCAAUUUCCAUCAGCCUGUUUACAGUUCCCAACCGGCCCAGUUUGAGACGACCCAAUUGACCACUUACCCUCCUCCACCUUGGGCUGCCACGCCUGGUUAUUUCACCAAUCAACGGCCUUACAACUACUCGAACCCGAGACCUUCCUUUUCGUCUAACCCUAGACCUUUGUUAAAUAAUGAAUCUAAGCAACAGUUUAAUAACUCUGGUUCAGGUUCAGCUGCACCGAAUGUCGGGCCAAAGCCGUUUGUUCCAUCAUAUAGAUUGUUUGAUGAUCUCAAUGUGUUUGGUAAUAAUGCUGAUGGGAGAUUUCAAUCGACGAGUAAUGCAUCGUCUGGCUUAUCGGGAUCGAAUAGUAAUAAUCACAGUAUGGUUGGAGGAAAGAAGUGA